GAAUUAAAACACGCAUGAGCUGCACACAUAUGUGCACACAAAGUAAAACACAACAGCCAGCCAACAAAGCUCUGAGUUGAUGUUAGAAGCCUUUGAUCAGAAUAUUCUCACACACACAAACACACAAGUGCUAUCCAACUAAAUCUUAGAUUUAGUGCAGGCAUCAAAUGCCCUGCUUCUUUAAUAGUCAUGGUGAAGUGCUUCCUUCUUUAUGUCCCAACCUGUUCGGCUUGUAACCCUUAGAACAAAUAAAUAUUUACUUUUGAUCUCUCAUUACAAGUUUUAGUCUGUGUGCGGACAUGAGUUGCAAGCAGUUCAACCAGAGAGUGGCUUUUCAUUCUCAAAUGUUUUAUUUCAGAGGCCUGCAGAGGUAAUAGUAUACAAUACUUUACAAGAAAAAGCAAACAUUAGAAGAUUUUGUGUUACAGAAGUUAUAUUUUUGUGUGUGAGCCCUUAAAUUUAUCUUCUGACCCAGUUAGUGGGUUUUAACCCCUGCAGGUCAGCCCAAAAUACUCAACACAGAGAGUCAAGUCUCAAGCUAAUGCAAUGGUGAUUGAAGUCAAACUUGGGUUCAAAUCAUAUGUGAUUAAAGUUCUCAUAUCUGUUCCUCUGGCAAUGCAUUUGUGUAGUUUCAACUGAGCCAUAUAUUACAAAGACAAAAAGCCAUCUGUGCCAUUUUUACAUAGAGUAUGUACUGAAAUUAACUGCUGCAGGAAAUUCAUCUUAAUGACUGAUUAAAAAGCAUAUUAUUAAAUAGGUUGACAACACACUAGUUGAUAUUGCAAUGUUCACAUAGAUUUUUUUUCUAACUCAACAUUUAUCUUCUAUAGACAGCAUCAUUUCACAUGCAGUGGUAAUUAUAUAAUCGGUUAUCAUCCAAAAAGCAUUUGAAAAAUACGUCAGCCUUCCCAGAAGGCGAGCUCUGCUUUGAUGUCUCAUUUGAAUUUUCAAUCCAGUUUAAUUUUAUACAUGUUUAGUUUUAUUUCACACUCUUCCAAGCACAAUAGAGAAUAAAAAAGUCACAUUUUAUCAUGGCACUCCAGGCAACUUUGAACUGUUGUCUCUCUCUUUUUCUUUCUUUUUUUAACAAACAGCUUUAUUGAAACAAGUAGGCUAUACAACAAGUUUACAGCACCCUAAACAACUUGUGUCUACAAACACACCUGGUUGUAAUAAUAAUAAAAAGAAAUAGUUAAAUAAAUAUCUUGUAAAGCUUACAGUGGUUGUACAGCUUUUUUUGUUUUACAUUCAGAUAUUGAAGAAAUGAAUUGUUUGAUUUAGACAGUCAGCUCUGAAAACUUUGGCUUUUUGAUUUGUGAAUAUAAAAUUUGGUCAGAAAUAAUAAACAAAUUAAUUAAAUAGAACUGCGAGCAGAGAUUCCUGUCAUAUGUAAACAAACAAUACUUUUUUCCAGAGUAAUAAAAUGUGAGGGUAGAAAUGAUCAGCAAUAAAUCGUGACGAUUUACUCCACUAUUGUUUUAUAUGUGGGCAAGACCGAUAUAAAUGUUGAAGUGUUUCUCUGAGCUCCCCACAAAAGGUGCAUCAAUGUUUUUCUUGAUUUUCUGCAAAUAAUGAUUAGUUGGAUAAAACCUGUAAAACAUUUUAAAAGAUAUCACUUUGACUUUGUUAGUAAAAAAACAAAAACAAACUUAUACUCGUUCCCAUCAAAUAUCUCCAACGAAUGUGGACCAAUAUAAUAAGGCAGAGGGUGAACUUAUGAUGUCUUGUUGAAAAAGAUGACGGAUUGUUUAAUUUUUAUUCUUAAUUUGCCAUGAAAAACAAGUUUUCCCAGCAGUUGUUUCAGUUGUAUCUAACAUAUAUUGGGUGAUUGCUAUUUCCCUUAAAACCUUUAAAAGGUGAAAUAAUACCUGAGGGGACAGCAUCAAGAACAGUUGAGAAAUCCUCUGGUGAAACAGGGAUUCCAUAGUGUGGAACAAAUUCAAUAUAAUUAUACAGUUGACUCAGAAUUGUUGUCAAGCGUGUGUUCACCACCGUGAUGACGUGAUAUGACGCGCUGCAGCCCUGGAUGCUGAUUAGCUGCGCUGUCACGGCGGGGCGUGGCCGAUGCGAAAUAAGGAAGUGCGUUUCCUUGCUGUAAUCAUAACAGUUACAAUGUCGGUCUGAGGAAAAUAAAUGCAAUAGCAUGGAGUUAAUGAUCAAUUAAGUUAUAAAUGCGUCAUGAGUCGCCAAACAGUCUGUUUAUAUGCUUGGUAUAGUAGCUAUAUAGAUCUUACUGUGACAAAAUUAUGAACACUUUGGCCCACAGUUCAGUGGCAGGUCCUUUAAGUGGAAAAUACACAUUAAACUUGCUCUUAAUUGUUAUUUUAGGUAGGCUACAUGGGAAAAGCACAACUAUAUGUAGUCUCACAUACCCUAAUUGGUCUCCCUUUGCUUUGUCUGGUGUCAAAUCUAGCAUCACCUGGAAUAAAACGACUUAAAAUAAAUGUUAUAUCUAGUUCUGACUCCUGUUGCAGUGCUGUAGGCUGUCAAAAAAAAGGUUGACACCCCACUUUAUUUAUCUUUGCUCCUGAGCUUGUGCUGCGAGCUUUGGUUAAAGGGACAGACAACAAGUAGCCUAUAGGCCGAAAAACAACGACAUCGCACUCAUAGGAGCUACCGAGAGGACGGUAGCAUGAUAGUCGUGGAGGGGAAUCGGCAGGAAGAGGGCCCGUUUCUGCAUUUCCCUGCGCCUACACCGAGUUCACUGAGUCGGUAACCAGCGUCCGACAUGGGGAAGGAGGUAAACGGUGUUUCGCGGAGCCGGUUUGAGAUGUUCACAAACAGUGACGAGGCAGUCAUCAAUAAGAAGUUACCGAAGGAGCUGUUGUUACGAAUCUUCUCCUUUCUGGAUGUGGUGACACUCUGUCGCUGUGCCCAGGUCUCACGGUCCUGGAAUGUUCUGGCUUUGGAUGGCAGCAACUGGCAACGAAUCGACCUCUUUGACUUUCAGAGGGACAUCGAGGGACGUGUGGUGGAGAACAUCUCAAAGCGAUGUGGGGGAUUCCUCAGAAAGCUGAGCCUGCGGGGGUGCCUUGGUGUGGGUGACAGUGCCCUGAGGACUUUCUCCCAGAACUGCAGGAACAUUGAGCUGCUUAGUUUGAACGGCUGCACCAAGAUCACUGACAGCACGUGCAAUAGCCUCAGCAAGUUCUGUCCAAAGUUGAAGCACCUGGACCUCGCUUCCUGUACCUCAAUCACCAACCUGUCUCUCAAAGCUCUCAGUGAGGGCUGUCCUCUGCUGGAGCAGCUUAACAUCUCCUGGUGUGAUCAGGUCACCAAGGAUGGCAUCCAAGCCCUGGUUCGUUCCUGCCCUGGACUCAAAGGCCUUUUUCUCAAGGGCUGCACACAGCUAGAAGAUGAGGCUCUGAAGCAUAUCGGGGCUCACUGUCCAGAGCUGGUCACACUCAACUUGCAGACAUGCUCACAGAUCACAGAUGAAGGCCUCAUCACAAUUUGCCGGGGUUGUCACCGCCUGCAGUCUUUGUGUGUGUCGGGUUGUGCCAACAUCACAGACGCCAUCCUGCACGCUCUGGGACAGAAUUGCCCUCGCCUCAGAAUAUUAGAAGUGGCUCGCUGCUCUCAGCUUACAGACGUGGGCUUCACUACAUUAGCAAGGAAUUGUCACGAACUCGAGAAGAUGGAUUUAGAAGAAUGUGUGCAGAUCACAGAUGGAACACUCAUCCAGCUGUCUAUCUACUGCCCUCGUUUGCAAGUUCUGAGUUUGUCUCACUGCGAGCUGAUCACAGACGACGGCAUCAGACACCUCGGCAGCGGCCCCUGUGCUCACGACCGACUGGAGGUGAUCGAGCUGGAUAACUGCCCCCUGAUCACAGACGCCUCACUGGAGCACCUGAAGAGCUGCCAUAGUCUUGAUCGCAUUGAGCUCUAUGACUGCCAGCAGAUAACCCGCGCCGGCAUCAAGAGACUAAGGACCCAUCUGCCUAACAUCAAAGUGCAUGCAUACUUCGCUCCCGUCACUCCGCCUCCCUCCGUCGGGGGCAGCCGUCAGAGGUUUUGCCGCUGCUGUGUCCUGCUAUGAUGUAAAGACAACAACCCCCUUCCCUGUCCCCGAGUCCCUCGUACACGCUCCCCGCAGCCCGUCACUUGACCCCCCUGACCUGCUGUCCCCCCCCUCCCGGCCCCCCCUGUCAAAGAGUACAUGCUGGUGUGUCCCCCUUUUUUUUUUUUGGAGCUGCAGAGAGAGGGAGAGAGCCAAACAACGCUACAGGGUCUUGGGUAACUUUCUCCCAAAACAUUCCCGAAUCUCCCCACCACACACACACACACACACACACACACACACAUGGAAAGACACACAAGCUGAUAUGCAGACACACACAGAUUAAUUCUUAGAAGAAUGUCAGAACAUUCCUGGCCUGCGUUCAAUGGACAAACCAGUAUUACAGAGAGAGUAAAUGUGAUGGCCACUGUUAAGGGAUUUAACUCUUCAUCAAAUGAAGUUUAAAGAAUAAUGAGGCUUAACAUCGCAAACCAUUGUUCUGUAUUUGUGAGCAGGCACGCUCUUUACUUAUUUAGCACUUUUGAGACAGACGACAGUGACGGCCUCUAACAAAAAAAUCGAUCAGGCUUAAAAGAUCCCUCUUAACCUCACACGUACACACACACCCACACUUCCCUCGGUGUUGAAGGUCACUAAACAGCUACCUCUAGAUAGAACUGCACUUGAGUAUGACCUGUGUUAGCUUUGUUCUGCAGGCUGUCCGGUCCAAGUAGAUGUUUAUUACAAAAAAGGGGGAAGCGUUGCAGCCGGUAAACCACCGACACCACCCCUCCCAACUCUUACAUAGAAAGCAGGAGAAAGCCUAUUUUGUGAUUUUAAAAAAAACAAAACAAAAAAAAAAACAUUUGCAGCCAUUUGCACUUACAGUAAAGCAAUGAUGAGACACUUUACGAAGACAGGAAUUUGAGAAUUUCACUAACAAAACACAUUGGAAUCCAAAUCAUCACUCACAUGCAUACACUGAGCUUGCUACCACUGUACCCUCACCUCUCUCUGUCUCUGUUACAAUCAGAAGCUUCAAUGUACUGAAGAGGAAGGAAGAAGAAAAAAAAAAAGACAAAGUUUAAUAUUUUUCUAAAACGGACACCAAUUAAGACUCACAAGUGGGGACUAAAGAUGCCAAAUGUUGCAUGUAACACCUCUAGUUUUUUAAAAUCUAAUUGUACAUAAGCGAGGACAGUGGGAGCUCGAGAGUCGAAGCCGGCUAAACAGAUAUGAGAGGAUAUGAGAUGGAGCAGUGAUUGCUGUCAAUGGAUCUCUCUGAGGGGAACUACGGUGAAGCUCACACAUACUUGUCUGAGUACAGAUGUAUGUGUGUGUGUGCGUGUGUGAGAAUAUGUGCUGGAGCUUUUGGAGAGUAAAAAUGAGCCAGUACUCAAUGUGGAAGAACUGAUGCUGGCCUGUGAAAGCUCAUUUCAACAACAGAAAAAGUAUAAAGACACUCUUGACGAAAGAAGAAGGAAGGA